AUGGCUGAAGCUUUACUUCAAGUUGUGCUAGAAAAUCUCACUUCUUUCCUCAAAGGGGAACUUGUAUUGCUUUUUGGUUUACAAAAUGAGUUCCAAAAGCUCUCAAGCAUCUUCUCUACAAUCCAAUCCGUCCUUGAAGAUGCUCAGGAGAAGCAAUUCAACGACAAGCCACUUGAAAAUUGGUUGCAAAAACUCAAUGUUGCUACAUAUGAAGUCGAUGACAUCUUGGAUGAAUAUAAAACUAAAGCCACACUAUUCUCCCAGUCUGCAUAUGGCCGUUAUCAUCCAAAGGCUAUCCCUUUCCGUCACAAGGUCGGGAAAAGGAUGGACCAAGUGAUGAAAACACUGGAUGCAAUUGCUGAGGAAAGAAGGAAUUUUCAUCUGCAAGAAAAGAUUAUAGAGAGACAAGCUGCUAGACGGGAAACAGGCUCUAUAUUAACUGAACCACAAGUUUAUGGAAGGGGCAAAGAGGAAGAUGAGAUAGUGAAAAUCCUGAUAAACAAUGUUAGUAAUGCCCAACAACUUUCAGUCCUCCCAAUACUUGGUAUGGGGGGACUAGGAAAGACCACUCUUGCCCAAAUGGUCUUCAAUGAUCAGAGAGUUACUGAGCAUUUCCAUCCCAAAAUAUGGGUUUGUGUCUCAGAUAAUUUUGAUGAGAAGAGGUUGAUGAAAACAAUUAUAGGAAAUAUUGAAAGAAGUUCUCUUGAUAUCGAGGACUUGGCUUCACUUCAGGAGAAGCUUCAAGAGUUGUUGAAUGGAAAAACAUACUUGCUUGUCUUAGAUGAUGUUUGGAAUGAAGAUCAACAGAAGUGGGAUAAUUUAAGAGCAGUCUUGAAGGUUGGAGCAAGUGGUGCUUCUGUUCUAACCACUACUCGUCUUGAAAAGGUUGGAUCAAUUAUGGGAACUUUGCAACCAUAUGAAUUGUCAAAUAUGUCUCAAGAAGAUUGUUGGUUGUUGUUCAUGCAACGUGCAUUUGGACACCAAGAAGAAAUAAAUCCUAACCUUGUGACUAUCGGAAAGGAGAUUGUGAAAAAAUGUGGUGGUGUGCCUCUUGCAGCCAAGACUCUUGGAGGUAUUUUGCGCUUCAAGAGAGAGGAAAGAGAAUGGGAACAUGUGAGAGAUAGCGAGAUUUGGAAUUUGCCUCAAGAUGAAAGUUCUAUUCUGCCUGCCCUGAGACUGAGUUAUCAUCAUCUUCCACUUGAUUUGAGACAAUGCUUUGUGUAUUGUGCGGUGUUUCCAAAGGACACAGAAAUGGUAAAGGAAAAUCUAAUCGCUAUCUGGAUGGCACAUGGUUUUCUUUUAUCAAAAGGAAACUUGGAGCUAGAGAAUGUGGGUAAUGAAAUGCAUGAUCUCAUCCAUGAUUUGGCUACAUCUCUGUUUUCGGCGAACACAUCAAGCAGCAAUAUCCGCGAAAUAAAUGUAAAAAGUUAUACACAUAUGAUGUCCAUUGGUUUCGCUAAAGUGGUGUCUCCUUACUCUCAUUCACUCAGCUUGGAACAGUUUGUCUCGUUAAGAGUGCUUAAUCUAAGUUACUCAGAACUUGAGAAGUUACCAUCUUCCAUUGGAGAUCUGGUGCAUUUAAGAUACCUAAACUUGUCUGGCAAUCCAAUUCAUAGACUUCCAAAGCAGUUAUGCAAGCUUCAAAAUCUGCAGACUCUUGAUCUACAAUAUUGCACCUUACUUUGUUGUUUGCCUAAAAAAACAAGUAAACUUGGUAGUCUCCAAAAUCUUUUACUUGAUAACUGCUAUGAUUUGAUUUCUAUGCCACCAUGGAUAGGAUCUUUGACAUGCCUUAGGACUCUAGAUUGCUUUGUCAUUGGCAAGAGAAAAAGUUGUCAACUUGGUGAACUACGAAAUCUGAAUCUCUAUGGCUCAGUUGCAAUCACACAUCUUGAGAGAGUGAAGAAGGAUACGGAGGCAAAAGAAGCCAACUUAUCUGGAAAAAUGAAUCUGCAUUCUUUAAGCAUGAGUUGGGAUGAUGAUGAACCACAUAGAGAUGAAUCAGAAGAAGUUAAAGUGCUUGAAGCCCUCAAACCACAUCCCAAUCUGAAAUCUUUAGAAAUCAUUGGCUUCAGAGGAUUCCGUCUCCCAGAGUGGAUGAAUCACUCAGUUUUGAGAAAUGUUGUCUCUAUUACAAUUAGAGGAUGUGAAAACUGCUCUUUCUUACCACCCUUUGGUGAGCUGCCUUGUCUAGAAAGUCUAGUGUUACACAAGGGGUCUGCGGAGGUGGAGUAUGUUGAAGAAGAGGUUAUUGAUGUUGAUUCUGGAUUCCCCACAAGAAUAAGGUUUCCAUCUCUGAGAAAACUUACUGUAGCCAAAUUCCGUAAUCUGAAAGGAUUGCUGAAAAAAGAAGGAGAAGAGCAAUUCCCUGUGCUUGAAGAGGUGGAGAUUGAGCAGUGCCCUGUGUUUGUUAUCCCUACCCUUUCUUCUGUCAAAAAAUUGGAAAUCGCGCGAGAGGCAGAUGCAACAGGUUUCAGGUCCAUAUCUAAUCUUAGGGAUCUUACUUCCCUCUACAUUAGCGAUAACGAAGAAGCUACUUCACUCCCAGAAGAGAUGUUCAAAAACCUUGCAAAUCUCAAAGACUUGACUAUCUCUGAGUUCAAAAAUCUCAAAAAGCUGCCUACCAGCUUGGCUACUCUCAAUGCUUUGAAGAGUCUGAAAAUUGAAUGUUGUGGUGCACUAGAGAGUCUCCCCGAGGAAGGGCUGGAAGGUUUAACUUCACUCACAGAGUUAUCUCUCCAGUACUGUGAGAUGUUAAAAUAUUUACCCGAGGGAUUGCAGCACCUAACAGCCCUCACAAGUUUAACAGUUGAGGGAUGUCCAGAAGUGGAAAAGAGGUGUGAGAAGGGAAUAGGAGAAGACUGGCACAAAAUUUCUCACAUUCCUAAUCUGCAUAUUCGUAACUAUUAG